UUUAUUUAUCAAAGAUAGGAUUGACCUGCACUCAAAACAUAUUUUUCACCAUUACUUUUCUUUUUUCUAAGUUGAAAGCAAUUAACAUAUAAACAACACACACAGUAUAUAUAUAUAUAGGUGUGGGUGUGGGCAUGGAUGUGUGCAUAUCUUUCACAUCACAUAAACAACAGGCCCCCACCCUCCACAGACUAGGGCUCCAUGGGAAAUGGUCGACCAAGUUCCACGGAGUUAAACGGCGGAGACGACGCUAAAGCUCCUCCGACUGCGGCCGCCGCCGACCUCCACAAAGAACUAGACGCCGGUGCACAAUUCGUUCUCAAAUCCAGAGGGUCAUGGAUGCACUGUGGGUAUCACUUGACAACAUCCAUCGUAGCUCCAGCACUGUUGAGUCUGCCAUUUGCAUUUGCAUCACUGGGAUGGACGGCUGGAGUUGUAAGCCUGGUUAUGGGUGCAGUGGUGACGUUCUACUCAUACAAUUUGCUGUCUCUGGUGCUGGAACACCAUGCUCAAUUGGGUUAUCGCUUCCUCAGAUUUCGAGACAUGGCCACUCAUAUUCUAGGAGCAAAGUGGGGUGCAUAUUACGUGGGGCCCAUUCAAUUCCUGGUGUGCUACGGUGCAGUAGUUGGCUCUACUCUUCUGGGAGGGCAGUGCAUGAAGGCAAUAUACUUAGUGUCAAGUCCAAAGGGGAAUAUGAAGCUGUACGAGUUUGUAAUAAUAUUUGGUGGGCUAAUGCUGAUUUUAGCUCAAAUCCCAUCUUUUCACUCUUUGAGGCACAUCAACUUGGUUUCCUUACUCCUAUGUCUUGCCUACAGCUCCUGCGCCACUGCUGCCUCCAUCUACAUUGGAAGUUCAUCCAAGGGACCAAGAAAGGAUUAUUCUCUCAACAGUGAUAACCAAACUCGAAUAUUUGGUUCUUUCAAUGCAUUGGCCAUUAUUGCCACUACUUUUGGUAAUGGGAUUAUUCCAGAAAUACAGGCGACACUGGCCCCACCGGUUAAGGGCAAGAUGUUGAAGGGGCUUUGCAUUUGCUACGCGGUGGUAACGGCUACCUUCUUCAGCGUAGCCAUUUCUGGGUAUUGGGCGUUUGGCAAUGAAGCCGACGGCCUCGUCCUCUCCAACUUCUUGGGUGACGGCGAACCUUUGGUGCCCAAAUGGUUCGUUCUGAUGACCAAUGUCUUCACCAUUCUCCAGCUAUCAGCUGUUGCUGUGGUCUACCUGCAACCCACAAACGAAGUUCUUGAACGAACAUUUGGAGACCCCAAGAGCGGGGAGUUCUCCACGCGCAACGUAGUCCCAAGAGUGAUAUCACGAUCACUCUCCGUCAUCAUAGCAACCACAAUCGCAGCGAUGCUCCCGUUUUUCGGGGACAUCAAUGCAGUGAUCGGAGCUUUUGGUUUCAUGCCACUUGACUUCGUACUCCCUUUUAUUUUCUUCAACUUGACAUUCAAACCAUCAAAGAGGGGUCUCAUUUUUUGGUUAAAUACCAUGAUAGCUGUGGUUUUCUCAGUGUUGGGAGUUAUAGCAGCAGUUGCAGCUGUAAGACAGAUCAGUCUUGAUGCCAAGACGUACCGUUUAUUUGCCAACAUAUGAUCACCCAAGAUGUAGUUAAACUAGAUCCUGUCUCAUGAUUAAGUUCAUAGACACAAGAAUGAUUUGCAAAAAUUGAGAUCAGAAUAUAGAUGUUUGAAUAAAGACAUAUAUUACUGGUGA